AAAAAUAAAACCAUUCAAAACCCCACAACCCCUUUUCUGCUACUCACGAUCAAAAACCCCCAAAUCCGUCGCUUCCCUGCAACAGGUUCUCACUCUUUCGGUCGCCGCUUCCCUGCAUCUCUCGGUCGCCGCUUCCCUGCAGCAGAUUUUCCCGAAGUAUUCUUGGACAGGUUUACAAAACUCUCAAUUGAAGGCAACAAGCAACCAUGGAAUACUAAACACAAAUAGAUGGUUCUACCAAAGAACGGGUUUCCCCUUUCACUAACUUAACUCCUCCACUAGUUAAGGCUCCGAGAAUCUGACAGUGAAGGGGCAAGGCUGCCGAACUACUGAAGUCCACCAACAAUGACACAUGGAGGCAUGGAGGCAUGGGGUUAAGUGAGAUGCAUCAUGGCAUCAGUGAGCUGGGUUCAAGACAGGCUAGAGUUAUUACAGUGAACUCCUUUGACCUUCUACGAUGGCUCAUGCUUUCAUACACAGUGUGAUCUUUCUACUUUACCUUUGUUGUUUCAUUGCCAGUUGCAUACCUACCAAUCAUGAUAACAGGAUAGACAGCAAAACUUUGUUUGUUGGGGAAGAACUACAGAAGGAAACAUUACCCUUACAAAUGGGUUCUUGCUUUUACCUUUUAAGUGGGCUCAAACCAUCUCGCUGGUACGAAGUGAAGAUAUCAUAUCCAGCUUCUAUACCCACUAGCUUCACUAUUCAACUGAAGAUAGGGAAAUCGGAUCUUGAGUUCAACUGGAACAGGAGACUACUCAAUACUGAGAAACUGAUAUUCAGGGCUGAUUCUCGUGAUUUUAAUAGUUAUAAGGCUGGAAUGUAUGUCCUUGUAACAGUGGAGCCUUCUGGGAUUGUUGCAUUGCCACAUGUACAGGAGAGACAGCUUGUCAUUUUUAAUAUUGUUUGUGAUGAACUAUUACUUGGGAUCCCUCACAAAGCUUGGUGGGUUGGAAUCUUAGUGUUCCUAUGUUUGGGAUUGGCUUUAGUUAUUCCAAGUUUUCUUCCAGAACAUCUGCUGCAGAAGAGACGAAGCUUACGACCACAUAAAUCAAAUUUUUUGUAAUUUUGAAUUUGUUUUAGCUUCAUUGUUUUCACCUGCUAAUGGAUGGACAGAAAAUAUUGAUCAUUUGGGUGAUUGAAUCCUUAGAUGGACUCAGGAAACAGAAAUUUGCUUUGAUUUGUCACAUUUAUUUAGAGACUAAUCAAUGCUUUAUUCUAUUGCUUUGCA